AUGAAUACAACAGCAGCAUUAUGUGAAAAUCUAACUCACUCUCAAAUAAAAGAAGAAGAAAUUCAAACAAAAAAGAAUAAAUAUCAAGAAUUUGGAAUUACUGUUGCUGCAGGAAAUGGAGAUGGUCAUCGAUUAAAUCAACUCAAUUGGCCUAAAGGAAUCUUUGUUGAUAAUGAUAAAUCAAUUUAUAUUGCUGAUUCUGAUAAUCAUCGUAUUGUUAAAUGGAAAUUGAAUUCAAAUACUGGCGAAAUCAUUGUAGGUGGAAAUGGAAAAGGAUAUCAAAAUAAUCAAUUGAAUUAUCCAACAAAUAUCAUUUUUAAUAAAAAAAAUAAUUCUUUCGGUAUUUCUGAUCGUGGAAACAGACGAGUAAUUCGAUAUUUUGAUCAAAAUCAAACAAAUCAGAAAAUUAUUAUUUCAAAUAUUGAUUGCUAUGGUCUCGCAAUCGAUAAAAAUGGAUCUAUUUAUGUUUCUGAUUGGCAGAAUCAUCAAGUAAGACGACAGAAACAAGGAGAUACAAAAGGCGAAUUAGUUGCAGGUGGAAAUGGUAAAGGAAAUCAUCUUAAUCAACUCAAUUCUCCUACUUUUAUCUUUAUUGACCACAAUUAUUCUCUUUAUAUAUCAGAUACAGACAAUCAUCGUGUAAUGAAAUGGAAAAAAGAUGCAAAAGAAGGAAUUAUUGUUUCUGGUGGAAAUGGUAACGGAGAUAGUCUCAAACAAUUGAGUUGUCCUUGUGGAGUGAUUGUUGAUCAUUCGGGUCAUAUUUAUGUAGCAGAUUACGGGAAUAAUCGAGUAAUGCGUUGGUGUGAAGAAGAUAAAGAAGGUGAAAUUGUUGUGGAUGGAAAUGGUUAUGAAAAUCAGCCAAACCAAUUGCAUGGUCCCGUAGGUUUAUCAUUUGAUAAUGAAGAAAAUCUUUAUGUUGCUGAUAAAUGGAAUCAUCGAAUCCAAAAAUAUGAAAAAAUCUGA